UGCACCGCGCUGUUGACGGCUGACCAAGAUGGCUGCGCCCGUUAUCGGCGGCAUGAGCGGUAGAAAUACGCCGGCUGGGGCUGAGACCAGCUUUCGGAGGAAGACCCGGGCGAAACUCCCGGCUAUCCGGGGGACCCGACCGUCCGUGCAUAACGGGCAACUUCUGAUUUCCAGCGGAGUUCCCUCUAUGGAUCACAUCCUAGGUGGUGGUCUAGCAGUUGGAACGCUACUUUUAAUUGAGGAGGAUACGUACAGCACAUACUCCAAUCUUCUACUGAAGUAUUUUGUGGCGGAAGGAGUGGUCAGUGGACAUGAGAUCUUUGUUGCUUCCUCCAGUGAGGAUCCACAGAGGAUAUUGAAGGACCUACCAACACCUCUCACAGGUGAACUACCUAAACAAGUGGAUCUUGAGCCGAAAGUUGAACCUGAGGCUCUUGGAUUGGCAGGGGACAGUAUGAAGAUCGCCUGGCGCUACCAGAAUUUGCCAAAAGUCGAGUCUGUCCCAUUGUCUUCAUCCAGAUUUGGGCAUUACUAUGAUGUAUCAAAAUCAAUGUGUCCAGAAAUGUUGCAGCAUGUCAAGACACAUAGCUUCUACCUUCCAGAAAUGGUCCCUCUGGAGGAAAUGUACAGCUCUUCAAGCAAGAUGACCUGUGACUACAGCCAGCUCCUGCAUUCUAUCCAGCGAGUAAUUCACCAGGGAGGGUUUGAUGGAUCCAAUCCCCAGCAGAGAGGAGAAAAGAACAUUCUGCGAAUUGGAAUCCAGUCUCUGGGAUCAGUGCUUUGGGGUGAUGACAUCUGCAGCGAUGAACGCCCACACCACGUCCACAGCCUGACCAGAUUUCUGUAUGCCCUGCGAGGUCUCCUGCGGUCAUCUCUGUCUGUGUGUUUCAUUACGGUGCCAGAACAUCUCAUCCAGAAUAAAGCAAUUACAGUGCGUGUAAGAAACUUGUCAGAUACGGUCGUUGGCCUUGAAUCAUUUAUCGGCUCAGAGAGGGAAUCCAAUCUAUUAUACAAAGACUAUCAUGGUUUGCUGUAUGUCCACAAGAUUCCUCGACUUAAUAGUUUGAUUUGUGAUGAAACAGACACCAAAGACCUGGCUUUUAAGUUAAAGAGAAAGCUUUUCUCUAUUGAGAGACUGCAUUUGCCUCCAGACUUGUCAGACACAGUGAGCCGCUCAAGCAAACAGGAUGUGGCAGGAUCGGCCAAAUUGCUGAGCUCAGGAUGUGGCACUGCAGCCGUAGGCAAGAAGCACCUGGACUUCUAGUGAUUUCUACCGAGACGAUACGUUUGCAAACGCAGGAGGCACUAACAUCAUCAUUAUUAUUUACUGACUCUCUUUUUUUAUAUGCAAA